UUCUCUAGCUUUGAGCUGUUUAGCUGAGAAGUUUGGCUUACACUUUCCAAAAUGGCGACCUCCCUAGGCUCUAACACCUACAACAGGCAGAACUGGGAAGACGCGGAUUUCCCAAUUCUGUGCCAGACAUGUUUAGGGGAGAAUCCUUACAUCCGUAUGACCAAGGAGAAAUAUGGAAAAGAAUGCAAGAUCUGUGCUCGGCCCUUCACCGUGUUCAGAUGGUGCCCGGGCACACGGAUGCGUUUUAAGAAGACGGAGGUCUGUCAGACCUGCAGUAAAAUGAAGAACGUUUGUCAGACAUGCCUUCUUGACCUGGAGUAUGGUUUGCCUAUCCAGGUCAGAGACACCGGCCUCACUGUUAAAGACGACAUUCCCAGGUCUGAUGUGAACAAAGAGUACUACACACAGAACAUGGAGAGAGAGAUAGCCAAUUCUGAUGGCACUCGACCGGUAGGCCAGCUCGGUAAGGCUCCAAGCUCCAGCGACAUGUUACUCAAAUUGGCCCGAACUACGCCGUAUUACAAGAGGAACCGGCCUCAUAUUUGCUCCUUCUGGGUGAAGGGGGAGUGUAAGAGAGGAGAAGAGUGUCCCUAUAGGCACGAGAAGCCUACAGAUCCUGAUGACCCUCUGGCUGACCAGAACAUUAAAGAUCGUUACUACGGCAUCAAUGACCCAGUUGCUGACAAGUUAUUGAAGCGGGCUUCAACUAUGCCCCGACUGGACCCACCAGAGGACAAGUCCAUCAGCACUCUUUACAUAGGCGGCCUGGGAGAUACAGUAACAGACGGGGAUCUCAAGGGUCACUUCUACCAAUUUGGAGAAAUUCGCACCAUUACUAUAGUCCAAAGGCAGCAGUGUGCCUUCAUCCAAUUCGCCACUCGGCAGGCAGCAGAGAUGGCUGCAGAAAAGUCCUUUAACAAACUAAUCAUUAAUGGACGGAGGCUCACUGUCAAGUGGGGAAGGUCUCAGGCAGCCAGAGGAAAGGAUGGAAAGGAGGGAGUGAGUGAAAUGGGAACCAUACUGGAUCCUGUACCUGGCCUGCCCGGAGCACUUCCUCCACCACCACCUCUCGAUGAAGACGCUCCAGCAAACUACUUCAACCUCGACCCGAGCUCCUCACCUGCCAUCAUGAACAUUGCUAUACCGCCACCUCCAGGCAUAAACCCCCCUCCACCAGGUUAUGGCCCUCCGAUGUUUCACCCCUUGGGUCCCAUGGCCCCACCUGUCCCCACUCCCAUGACAAUGAGACCCCCUGGUACAAUCCAUUACCCGUCCCAGGAUCCCCAGCGCAUGGGUGCCCACUCGGCACACGGCUCACGCCACACCGAAUAGCCGCGAACGCGGAGUGACGUUGGGCUGUGAUUUAGAUUUCUCUGGCGUUUCUCAUGUCAAACCUGGUUGGUUGCGUGCAUGUUCAAGGCUUCUACGGGCCACAGGACUGCUUCCAGAAAAAAAAAACACGCUGCACAGGAAUUAGUUAUCUCCUGUUAAUACAACCUACAGAGCUGCAAAUGAAUUCUGUGCCAUGAGAGGUGACAGGGUUUAACUUGACGACUUUGGUCGCACUAUGGAAUAUUAACGAAUAGCAAACAGUUAAAACAGCCUCUGGGCAUGAGGCCGAUAUGACCAGGACCACAUGGAACCAUUGUACAUAUAAGAAUUUAGUCUUUGGAGUAAAUUUGUUUCCGUCUCAUUUUGCUUUUUUUUUUUUUUUUCACCUGGAGUUGAAUACUGAGAAGUAUUUUUAAAUCUGUUCAUUUUCAUCUAGUUUGAGUUUUUUUUUUAAUUAUUUUAUUGGACACCAUCUCAUUUUGAACAUCAUAUUGACUUUAUUGUAAAAUUUUCUUUACAUAUUUUCACUUCUCAUUAAAAUGACGCCCUUGUCAAUAAU